AUGGACUGGCAACCUCAGGAUGAGCCAUUGAGGCAGCUGGCCUGCUGUCUCAGGGACUCUCUCAAUGGGCAAAACCCAACUGUUCGCAAACAAGCUGACGAGAUGCUCGCUCAAGCGACCUCGUCCCCGGACUAUGUCAACUAUAUCACAUACCUUUUUUCCUCGGCGCAAGUUCCUCCUACGCUGGGCAUGGACGGCUCCACUUACAGCAUGGUCCGAUUCGCCGCUGCCAUGAACAUGAAGACGAAGAUUUACAUGGCCUACCACACGAUUCCCCAGCCUAGUCUCAAUUAUAUCAGGUCGGCUGCUUUGAUUGCCCUGCGCGACUCCGACCGCCAGGCCCAGCGAGGCGCCGGCAGUAUCAUCACAGAGUUGGUGAACCGGGGAGGGUUACUGGCCUGGCCCGAGGUUUUGCACGAGUUGCUCUCUUUGGUGGGCAAUGCAUCGGGGGAUGUCUCGAUCGGGGCACAGGAAGCCGCAAUGUCGGCCCUGUUCAAGGUCUGCGAGGAUAACCGCCGAGUCCUAGACAAGGACUACCAGGGACAGCGCCCGCUUGAUGUGAUCAUCCCCAAACUGCUGGAAUUCACCUCCCGCGAGAGCCCCCGGAUCCGAUCCACCGCGCUGAGCUGUAUUCACAUCUUCCUUCCACACCGACCUCCCGCCCUGAUGGCCUCGCUCGACCUCUUCCUCUCACAACUGUUCAAUCUUGCCGCCGAUGGUGAUGCCGAGGUGCGACGGAUGGUGUGCCAAUCCUUCUCGCAGCUUGUGGAGUUUGCGCCGGAGAAGCUCAUCCCGCAUAUGGAAGGGCUGGUCAGCUACAUCCUUAUGCAGCAGCAAAACCAGGAGGACCCGGAACUUGCGCUCGAUGCGGCCGAGUUUUGGAUUGUUGCCGGAGAGCAGCAGCGCCUGCAGCAGCCGCUGGGACCGUACAUGCCCAAGAUCGUUCCGGUUUUGCUACAAAACAUGAUCUAUGAGGAGGACGAUGUGAUUCGGUUGAUGGGUGACGAGGAUGACGCCGAAACCGAGGACCGUGCCGAGGAUCUCAAGCCGCAGUUUGCCAAAUCGAAGGGUGACCGUCUCAAUCCGACUAAGCCGGCAGAUCAGCCAAACGGCAACCCUCCCCAGCAAGAGGAGGAUGAAGACGAUCUCAGCGAGGGCGAAAUCGAGGAUUCGGAGUUCGGAGACGACCCCGAGGGCGAGUGGACGCUCCGGAAAUGCUCCGCCGCUGCGCUGGAUGUUUUCUCGAAUGUUUACCACGAGCCCAUUUUUGAGAUCAUUCUGCCGUACCUGAAAGAGACGCUGCGUCAUGAACAGUGGCCGAACCGCGAGGCUGCCGUCCUUACUCUUGGUGCCGUGGCAGACGGCUGCAUGGAUGCGGUCACACCUCAUCUCCAUGAGCUUGUCCCAUAUCUGAUUUCUCUACUGAACGAUGCGCAGCCCGUCGUGCGACAGAUCACAUGCUGGUGCCUGGGCCGCUACUCGGAGUGGGCGUCGCACCUGCACGAACCAUCCCAAAAAGCACAGUUCUUUGAGCCGAUGAUGGAAGGAAUUCUCCACCGAAUGCUCGACAGCAACAAGAAGGUGCAAGAGGCGGCCGCAUCCGCGUUCGCUAGUCUGGAAGAGAAGUCGGAUGAAAAUCUGGUGCCCUAUUGCCAACCCAUCCUGCGUCAGUUCGUCGCUUGCUUUGGCAAGUACAAGGAUCGCAACAUGUAUAUCCUCUACGACUGUGUCCAGACGCUCGCUGAAUGUGUCAUGACCGAGCUGGCGAAGCCCCAUUUGGUGGAUAUCCUCAUGCCUGCUCUCAUCGGCCGUUACAACAUGGUUACUGACCAGUCUCGGGAGCUCUUCCCCUUACUCGAGUGUUUGGGUUAUAUUGCCGCUGCGUACGGCGAUAAUUUUGCCCCGUUUGCGGCCCCUCUAUUCCAGCGGUGUAUCAAGAUCAUUUAUGAGAAUCUCCAGGAGUACAUGGCCUCAGUCAACAAUGAGGCGAUCGACGAGCCCGACAAGGACUUUUUGGUCACUAGCCUCGACCUUCUCAGCGCGAUUAUCCAGGCCAUCGAUCCGCAAAAGAGCGGCGAGCUGGUCGCGAACUCUCAACCGCGCUUCUUCGAUUUGCUCUGUUACUGCAUGGAGGACCCCAACUACGAAGUCCGCCAGUCCUCAUACGCUCUGCUGGGCGACUGCGCCAUCAGCAUCUUCCCUCACUUGGAACCUUUCAUCCCGAACAUCAUGCCAACCCUGAUCAAGCAGUUGGACCUUGAUCUUAUCCGGGACGACGACCGCCAUACCGGGUUCAGUGUGCUCAACAAUGCCUGCUGGUCCUGCGGAGAGAUCGCUGUGAACGAGAAGGCCGCGCUUUCGCCGCAUCUUGACAAGCUCUACCAUGGGCUGCUGGUCAUCAUCAACAACGAAGAGGUGAUCGACUCAGUAAACGAGAACGCGGCCAUGGCCAUGGGCCGGCUGGGUCUCUGCUGCCCCAAUCCGAUGGCGCCGCGGCUGGGCGAGUACGCGAGCCCCUUCUUGAAGUCAAUGAGCAAGAUUGAGUUUACGCGCGAGAAGGCGUCUGCGUUCCUGGGUUUCAACCAGGUAGUCAUGAAGAACCCGCAGGCCAUGGAGACGAGUCUCGGGGAGUAUUUCCAGGCCAUCGCUUCGUUCCCGAGCAAAACGCUCUCGCAGGAGGAAUACCGGGAUAUCCAGAGCUCAUUCCAGCAAGUCCUGCAAGGCUACAAAAACAUGAUACCCAACUUCGAUUCGUUCCUCUCGCAGCUCCCACCGGCCGUUGGCCAGAAACUGCGCUCCGUAUACCAGGUCUAA